GCGGGGAGACGUGGCUGUUCGGCCGGGCUUCGAGCUGCUGCCCCACGGCAACGGGCACAGGCCCCGGCAGCUGAUCAACGGCGGCGGUUUGGGGCUGUUCCUGGUCCAAGUCAGCCUUUGAACUGUGCAUAGCAAAAAGGGGGCAUGUCUGAGCCACGCUGUCAACAGUGUACACUUAUCAACUCAAGAUGCUGAGGUGACAUUCACAAACAAGGAGCUUAAUAUAGAAGCUUUAUGUUGAAGUCCUUUCCACCUACACACUGUGCCUUUACCAUAUGGCUAGAGUUAAUUUAUCUUGUUUGUUUCCUGCAUCGUGGCACUUCAGUCUAUCCCUCAGAAAUACCACAGCACGACAGAAAAUCGUGUUUGCAGGUGUCUUCUUCACUUUCUGUCUACUGUUCUUUCUGAUUUUUAUGGAGUAUCAGCAUUGGAGGUCACCAUUCAGGGACAAAGAGCUGGAAAAGUAUAUGGCCAGAAUUGAAGAUAUGGAAGCUACAGACACCGAUGAUGUGGACCUCAACUAUGGAGUGGUGGUAGACUGUGGAAGUAGUGGAUCCAGGGUAUUUGUCUAUUUUUGGCCACAGCACAAUGGGAACCCUCAUGACCUGCUCGAUAUCAAGCAGAUGAAGGACAAAAAUAGGAAGCCAGUGGUUAAGAAAAUCAAACCAGGUAUCUCGACAUUGGCCUCCUCCCCAGCAAAAGCCAGCGAUUAUCUCCGUCCUCUCCUACAGUUUGCUGCCACACAUGUUCCUGUUACCAAGCACAAAGAGACACCAUUAUACAUCCUGUGUACUGCUGGAAUGAGGCUGUUACCAGAAAGGCAACAGAAUGCUAUUCUCGAGGACCUAUACACUGAUGUGCCAGUCGAAUUUGACUUCCUGUUUUCUGAGUCCCAUGCGGAGGUGAUUUCUGGUAAACAAGAAGGAGUCUACGCCUGGAUCGGAAUCAAUUUUGUUCUUGGUAGAUUUGACCACAUUGAAGAUGAUAAUGAUGCACGUGUUGCUGUGACCGUCUCCAGCAAUCCUAACCAAGGUCUCGUGAUUCGCAAGCGAACGGUUGGCAUACUGGACAUGGGUGGAGCUUCUGUUCAAAUUGCAUAUGAGGUGACGAAUCCUGUGAGCUUUACCUCACCAGAGCAGGAAGAAGCUGCCAAAGGUUUACUAGCUGAAUUCAACCUGGGCUGUGAUUUGCAUCAUACUGAACAUGUGUACAGGGUCUACGUAACUACCUUCCUGGGAUUCGGUGGGAAUUAUGCACGACAACUCUAUGAAGAUCUAAUUUUCAACAAUACCGCUGCCAUGAAUAGGUUGCUUGACCAAUAUAUGGGUGUCAGUGCAGAGAGCCCCUACCUUGAUCCUUGCCUGUCAAUUGAAUCAACCGACAUCAUUCAAAAGGAUGAACAGACAAUGCACUUGAGAGGUGCUGGAAACUUUGAUGAGUGUUGCAAACUAAUAAAACCACUCCUGAACAAAGGGAAUGAAGCAAACCUGUCCCUCAAUGGGGUUUAUCAAUCACCCAUUGACUUCCAUAAUAGUGAAUUCUAUGGAUUCUCAGAAUUUUAUUACUGUACUGAAGAUGUCUUGCGCAUGGGAGGUCACUAUGAUGGCGUUAAAUACACAAAAGCAGCCAAGGAUUACUGUGCUACCAAAUGGACAACGUUAAAAGAACGGUUUGAUCUAAAUCUGUUUUCAUCACAUGCUGAUCUUCACCGAUUGAAAUAUCAGUGUUUUAAGUCUGCAUGGAUGCAUGAGGUUUUGCACAGUGGUUUUAACUUCCCAGUUGACUAUUCCAACCUGAAGACAGCUCAACUGGUGUAUGACAAGGAAGUACAAUGGACACUGGGAGCAAUUCUUUAUAAAACUCGCUUUCUACCUCUCAGGGAUCUCCAGCGAGAAUCUGGAAAAGCAAACCAUUCUAGGUGGCUGCGUAUCUCCUUCGUCUACAACCACUACCUGUUCUUCGCCUGCUUCUUUGUGGUCCUUCUCGCCAUUGCCCUGUAUAUCUUGAGAUUACGGCGGAUUCACAGACGGACACAACGUGAGCUGCUGUGGAUGGAGGAGGGCAAAUUGUCAACUGAGGGGCUCUGACUUGCAAGAUAGAUCCAUCAGAAAACAUUCCACCAUUCUGUUCAUAUUCCGGGGCAAAUCUCAAGUGCACCAUGGGCAGAAGCCUUUCAGAUACCUCAAUUAUUUAUGUUUAAUCUGGAAAUUCUUGCCAUUGGAUAACUUUGUCCUGUUCCAACCGUCUGACUUCCUUUUCGAAGUUGGAGAUAGUUGAACAUUCAGUAACCAUGUAUUUAUUUUCAAACACCCUGUGAUGUUGGGAUGCAAAGUGAUACGUUUAAAGUUGUGAUGAUUUGUAUGAUGUCUUGGUAUCAGGUCUUGUCUGCAUUAAUUAUUUUCCAGAGUCACCACAGGGUAGGUGGUGGGAGCAGUACUGAUGUUUUGGGUCCUCUUCUACUGGCACCCAAAGACUUGUUCCCACAGUUCUCCCUCAUUCUGGGAGUGAAGGGUCAGCUGAGAUCAUGUGUCCCUGGAGUGAGGCUUGACCCACAACCUUCUCAGAAAUCAGUGCUACCAACUGAGCCACGUCACAUUGCCAGAGUCACCUAGCAUCAACUCUAAGAGUGAAUAUUAAGGCAGCUAGAAUGAGGAACCUAUUUGACAUGGAUUCGAAUGGGAAAAUGGACUGAUGUUUUUCAAUUAAUUUUUCUUACUCAUUCACGUGAUGAGGUCAUCACUGGCUAGGCCAGCAUUUAUUGCCCAUCCCUAAUUGCCUGGAGGACAGUUCAGAACCAACUACAUUGCUGUGCACCUGGAGUCAGACCAGGACGGCACUUGCCUUCCUAAAGGACAUUAGUGAACCAGAUGGGUUUUUCCAACAAUCGGCAAUGGAUUCGUGGUCAUCAUUAGAUUAAUUUCAAAUUUUCAUUGGAUUCAAAUUUCUACCAUCUGCCUUGGAUUUGAACCUGGUUCCCCAGAAUGUUACCUGAGUCUCUGAAUUAACAGUCCAGCAAUAAUACCACUGGACCAUUGCCUCCCCUAAAUUUGGGUAGAUGAUCAAUAAAACCACUGAUGUGUUUUUCAUAAGGUGGUCUAAGGGACAGAAUAAUUCAAAAUGAUCCCCAAACCCCUGGUGAAAGCCACUGAAUCUACCAUAUUAUGGUCCGUUCAGACAAGCGAUACAGUGCUGUUGUAGGCCACUGCCAAUUUUCAUGGAGUUGUCUGAAAAUUAAAAUCUGGAUUCUCAGCAGCCAGAUUUUGUACUUUAUGCUGAAACAGUACCUGAAUUGCAAGAGAUAAAAACAAAUUAGUUCAUGGAUUGUGCGUCAGUCCAGCAUGUUUUGCCCCUCCCUAAUUGCCUUGGCGAAGAUGGUGAUGAGCUACCUGUGUGAACAGCUACAGUCCAGAGGAGCACCCACUGUGCUGCAGCUGCAGUAAGCUUCUCUUGGGAAUCGAAGGACACUUACAUUUGCUGUUGAUCUGUGCUCUAUUUCUGCAUUGAAGGUGAGAAAUCUGUGUUUGGAAGCAUCCUAUAAUUCAAGAGUCCAGGCUUCAUCUCGUCACUGCCAAGAUAACACAGGCGAUGUUGAGAAACUUAUGCUGGAAAGAGGCAAAUGGGUGUGGGCUCACUGUCUCUCUCUGCAGUGUUCCGCUUCCAAGUGUCGCAAGUCUUUGCAGCAUGAAUUAUUACCAGCUGCAUGAAAUUUGAAAAAUGUGGUGCUGGGCAUUCCCUUUAACUAUUACCAUAUCAUUCCUGGAAAUCACUCUGACACACACAAGCACGGUCUUGUGGAGCGGUUAUCACAGCCCGACAGGACGGUUGUGCAUUGUUUUUUAGUCAAAUGACUUCCCCUACUUCAAGCUCAAAAUGUCAUAUCACAGAAGCUCUUGUUAACUUUGAAAUUUCCUGUGAUGAAAUGGGAAGAGGUUUAUAGAUCCAGUGCUCCAUUGUUUUGAUUUGAACCCUGUGCGUGUGUGAUCUGAGAUAACACUGCACACUUGGGGUUGCUGUUGCUGCUAAAUUGUGGGUAAUUUUCCUUCAAACAGUUGGGCACUUUUUAAAAGUUAUUGCUGACUAAAUGAUUGAAUGUCUCUUAUUUUUAAACAAAAGAUUUUUCUAAUUUAGGAAUGUAAAUGCUGGAGCAUUUUCUGAGUCUAAAUGGAAGCAAAGGAUUUAAUGCAGUUUUCGUGAGCCUGAGACAUUCCAGUGUGCCAUUGAACUAUGUUGGAAAUGUUGCAUUGUGGGAAAUGCCGCUGUCAAUGUGUGCUCUGUAAGAUCCCACAAAUAGCAAUAUGAUAUUGACUAAGUAAUCUGUUUUAUUUGGGUUAAUUGAAGAAAACUGUUUACCAGGACAAGGAAUAACUCUCCUGCUGUUCUUCAGGAUAAGACCAUGGUGUUUUUAACAUCACAUCUGAGAAAGUAAACAGGGUUUAGAAUUAA